AUGGCGAAAUGUAUUACUGAUGGUGAGGCCAAGCCUAUGGAAGGUGAACUUUCAAAAUCACUACUGGAGAACUACAAAUGCUAUCUAUUGGACUGUGGGGCUGAGGUAUUUGUCCGGGUUGGCCGGGUAACACAAGUUAAAGAACGAAAAGCAGAAUGUGAAGCAGCUGAGGUAUGGCAAAUCAAUGGAAGUGCUAAGACUCCAUUACCUAAGGAGGAUAUCAGUAAAUUUUAUAGUGGAGAUUGUUACAUAGUACUGUACACUUAUCACUCUAGUGAGAGGAAGGAGGACUACUACAUGUGUUGUUGGUUUGGAAAAGACAGCACUAAGUUCUUACCUUAUUGUUAA